AUGGAGGCGGCUCCUCCCCCGGUGGCCGCUGCCGGUGGACGAAUCGGAUCCGCCUUGCCGGAAAGCGAGGCCGCGCCGACAUGGUCGUUGCCGCCGGUGGACGCUGGCGGUGGAGGAACUGGUAGGAGGAGGGCUGCUGCUGCUGUUCCUGGCCGUGGAGCUGGAUUUGCCCCGCCCUAAUGAGAGGCGGUGACGCCAUGGCCAUCGCCGCCGGUAGACGCUGCUGCUCCUGGCCGUAGAGUUGGACCGGUCCCGUCGGAAUGGGAGGCGGCGCCGCCAUGGUCGUCCCCGUCGGUGGGUGCUGCUGCUCUUGAACAUAGAGUUGGACCGGCCCCAGAGUAAUGGGAGGCGGCGCCGUCAUGGUCGUCCCCGCUGGUUGGUGUUGCUGCUCCUGGCCGUAGAGUUGGACGCGUCCUGCCGGGGAGGGAGGCGGCGGCGCCAUGGCUUUCGCCGGGAGUGGCUGCUGCUGCUCCUGCCCGUAGAGCUGGAUCCGUCCUGUCGGAGAGGGAGGUGGCGCCGCCACGACUGUCGCCGCCGGUGGCUACUGCUGUUGCAUGAGAUCGUCCAUCUUGGGACUGCAAUAGUGCUCAUAAAUCAGCGAUUUGUUUAUGGACAAAAGCGCACCUUCGUAAGUAAAUAAGGAAAGAACAAAAAACCGGAGAGUUCGUUGGUGAGGAAAUAAUUAAUUAACUAAGAAUAAGUUAUAUGGGUUGGCUUAAGAAGUGAGAAGAAGAAAUUGAAUCCAAAGAAAAGUCAACUCUACCACUAGUCAACUAUGGAUGGAGAGCAAUAUAUUCCUACUUAAGAUAUAUAACAAAUCAUCAUUUUCCUUCUACAGUUCAUCGUGACAUAUUCAUAACGAAGACAAAUAUACAUCCAAUCACCAUUAGUGAAUCAAUGCACCAAAUAUACAAGUUCCACAGACUGAAAGUUGACUUCCCAAAAAAGGUCAAAACCUUUUUUCAGUAAUAAAAAUACUCCUGCAGUUUUAUCCGUCGAUGAACAGAAAAGAAUCGGCCGAAGGAAGAAGCAGGGCACUCUUGCAUGUUUCCAUUAGAGGAAGACAGCUUUCCAAGAAACCCGAAGCCAAGAACACACGGGUACAUAACAGGUUUGGGGAGGUCAACUUUCUGAGGAAAGGUUAACAUCUAAUAUAGUAUUGUGGGGAGGGGGGAUCUUCCGAGUAAAUGAUCCGAAAAAAAAUCUCUCAAGGAAGAGGAAGGAAUUAUACCUCCAGCGGAGCCGCCGCAGUUGAGGAGCUUCGAGGAUUGGAGGGCCCCACCGCCGUCCACUACGGCGGCGGAGGAUAACUGCGGUCCCCCGCACUCGCCCAAGAAUCUUGGAGCCCUCACCGACAACUGGGCGGAGGGAAUGUCGGUUCUUGGAGAGCAGCUGGGGUUUUUGUUCCGCAACCGCUAAAGGACCCUAUUUGUAG